CUGAACCCCAGAGCGCUGUGAUGAGGAGAGCUGUGUAGCUGAGCUAAGCUGUCACCUCGACGACAACGGCUUCCUGUCUCCUGCGUGUCCCCAUCAUGGAUUAGCGGUGCUCGACUCCAGAGAACUCAGGUGGCUGGCACAGGGGCGAACCCGGGCAGGACCCAUGAGGAUCAUUAGAAGAUGUGGGCAGCCUGGGCCCCUCUGCUCUUCUUAGCCAUGUGGGUGAUGAGCAGCUUUGCUGGGCCGCUCUCCUUCAGAAUAGCCGCCAUCUUGGACGACCCCAUGGAGUGCAGCAGAGGGGAGCGUCUGGCCAUCACGCUGGCCAAGGAGAGCAUCAACCGCAACAGCAACCGCUCCACCACCGGCAAACUGGAUGUGGACAUCUUCGAGCUCCUGAGAGACAGCGAGUACGAGACAGGAGAGACUAUGUGCCAGAUUCUCUCUAAGGGCGUGGUGGCAGUCCUGGGUCCCUCUGCAAGCCCCGCUUCCAACUCCAUCAUUAGCAACAUCUGUGGAGAGAAGGAGGUGCCGUAUGUGAAGGUGGCUCCAGAGGACAUCCUGAAGGUCCAGUUCCCCAGGUUCACCACCCUGGACCUGAGGCCCACCAACACAGACAUCAGCCUGGCCGUGGCUGGCCUGCUCACCUUCUUCAACACCACCACUGCCUGCCUCAUCUGCGCACAGGCUGACUGCUUAUUGAACAUGGAAGGCCUGCUGCACCAGUUCCUCAUCUCCAAGGAAACACUGUCGGUGCGCAUGCUAGACGACAGCAAUGACCCCACCCCCCUCCUGAAGGAGAUUCGGGAUGACAAGACGGCCACCAUUAUUGUGGAUGCCAACGCCACCAUGUCCCACAUCAUCCUGGAGAGGGCAUCAGAGCUGGGGAUGCUGUCUGUCUACUACACCUACAUCUUCACCUCUCUGGUGGAAGGAAGAAUGGUCAGAAGGCAGGGUGAGAAGAGAGAGGAGAGGAGGAGAAUGAGAGGAGAGGAAGAAGGGUGAGGAGGGAAUAGUGGAGAGAGCAGAGAAUAGAGAAGGAGAACCAGAGAGAAUAUAGAAGUACGGUAGAAUGAAAAGAGAGAAGAGAGAAGGGAAAGGAGGGAGGAAGGGAUAGAAGAGGAAAAGGCUGAUGGGUUUUACUGCAGUAAUGUGUGAGUCUCAGAAUAUGUUGUCAUCUGUAAUAUUAAUGGUGUCAGUUGGCAUCUGAGAUGAGGCCCGGUCCAGAGACUCUUGAGACGAUCUGCUCUUGUUGUUCACAAAUUGCUCUGUUAUUGUUGUUGUUGUUGUAGGUCAAACUCAUUGUAAAACAUAAUUCUCUAAAUAAUGGAUUCAAAAGUCGUCGUUUGUUUUCUUCCCUCAGCAGAAAAACCCCUGGCUUGU